AUGAUAUCAGAAGAGCAAGAAAAAUCAACUUAUGAUGUUACAGAAAUAGAUGGUGAAAUAGUAUUAAAACCACGUGAAAGAAAUGUUUAUUAUAAAUUACGAGAUAAGGGAAGGAAUUUUGUUGAUUUUGCACGUGUCACGGUAGCGGCAGGUAAAGGAGGAGAUGGAUGUGUCUCGUUUCUUCGUUCCAGAACAAUGCCAAAAGGACCUCCAUCUGGAGGUAAUGGAGGGUAUGGUGGGAACGUGACAUUUUACGCGUCGCGUAAUCACACAUCAUUACAUUAUCUGCCACGAUCAAUUAGAGCCGGACACGGAGAACCUGGCAAAGGAGAUUUGAAACAUGGUAAAGCAGGCAAAGAUGUAACUUUACCAAUUCCAUUAGGAACUAUUAUACGAGAAGUUGAUCCACCAUCCAAAAAGGAAGACGAUGAUGAUGAAAGCAUUUCAUCAUUAUUAUAUAUUGAUAGACAGGCAGCACGUGAGAAACGUAGAGAAGAAACAUGGGUACAUUACCCCCAUUACGCGGACAAAAAUCAAUUGGGUUCUUUUUUCCUGGAGGCUGAGAAAAUGCUUGAAGAAGAGAGACGACAUCAACGAUCACAAAAACAAUUUAGUAGACAACAAAAAUUAGAAUUGGAUUUAUCCGUCGAAGAUGAACAACACUUGAUAACUCGAGGGGGAGUCGGUGGAAAAGGAAAUCCGUAUUUCCUCACAAAUGAAAAUCGAUCGCCGAAAUUUGCAACUAAAGGACAACCAGGAGAAACAAAACAUCUGGUACUUGAAUUGAAAGCGAUAGCUGAUGCUGGAUUAGUCGGACUCCCGAAUGCAGGAAAAAGCACAUUUUUGACAGCUGUAUCGAAUGCACACCCAAAAAUUGCCCCCUAUCCUUUCACUACACUCAAUCCCUACAUUGGCACCGUAGACUACCACGACAAAUUCCAAUUAACAAUCGCUGAUAUACCUGGACUGAUUAAAGGUGCACACAAAAAUAUCGGACUAGGUCACUCGUUCUUGCGUCACGUGGAACGGUCUAAAGUCUUGGUGUAUGUGAUUGAUUUGGCCACCGAAAGACCGUGGGAAGAUUUUCGUGUGCUGCAGAACGAGUUAGAAAAGUAUCGUACGGGGUUGACGUUGCGUCCUUCAAUGGUUGUUGCGAAUAAAGCUGAUGUUGGUGACAUUGCGAAAAAGAAUUUACCACUUUUUGAAGAGAAAAUCAAAGGGAAUAGUGGAUCUGAGAUUGAUCGCGAUCUUUUAAUUGUACCUGUUUCGGCAAAGUAUCGUAAAAAUAUUGCAAAGCAUUCGUUUUCUAUUAAAGAGCUCGCAAGAACGUUAAUUACACAGACUUUGAAUACAAAGAAUUUGACAGCUCUCCGUCCAGUGACAGAACUCCCAAAAAAAAAACAGGCAUUUAAACUUCAAGUAUUUUUAUCUCAACCAAAGAAUUUACAUUUACGUUUUGAAUUGACAGUGCACGAGGACGAAGGAGACCGCUUUGAACUGGAUUUCUCAACAAAAAGAAAGUCACCACGAAGCGCCAAAAGAGAUGCCUUGGUCGAUAUCAAACCGCAAGAAGAAGUAAAAAAAACAAAGAAACUGAGCACAAACAGGAAAAAGAAUGUAUUGCCAAUCGAGGAAGACGGGGAAGAAAAGUCUCUAACCAAAGGUUCCGUGAAAAAAGAAGAAAAAGAACCUGGAAUGGAGUCUGCAGGGCUGAAUGAUCCGAUUGUUAUUGAUUUAUCUAAGGAGGAAGAAUAUGAUAAAGAAGAAAUAUUUAAUGGCGAAUUAAGUGAUCCUCCUCAUGAUGAUUUAGAAGACAAGAAUGACAGUCAUCUUCCGAGUACUUCUUUUAUCGAUGCUCAAAAUCCAGUGGCAAACACAGAUAAUAAUAGAGUAGGAAAGCCAAAGCAAAGAAUACCGUCGCCUCACGAAACUAAAUCGUCCUCUUCAUUAUCAAAUGGUAGUGACGAAGAUAAGUCAACCAAAAAAUCAAAGGCGGCUUCAACAAAAUGCACUAAAAACAAUAGUAUUAAAAAAUUAAAUAGAAACAUUGUGAGCACAGCAUCCACAAUAGUCACAAAAAGAGCAUCUUCGUCGUCUUCAUCUUCAAAGGAUGAAUCUUUAGUUGACAGGGCAAUCACUCGUGCACGAAAUAUCGGAUUGAGCAGAAGUCGUUCUAGUUAUGGAAAUAAUACAUCACUUAGGGAUUUAUUGAAAAAUUCGGGAAUUAAUAGUGCCCGCAGUGUUCGAAUUGGGCUCUCGAGAAAAUCAAAGGUUGAAUCACCUAUCUCAGUCACAAAGGAACAAUAA